AUGUCGACCAUCGCCACUUACUUCAUUCUAUUUAUUGCUGAUAACAUCGCGAUUUCGGAUCGUGCACUGUCCGAGACGCACGAUCAAGGCAAUGGACCACAAGAUGAAGAGAGUAAUUAUAAAAACGUCAGCACAGUGUCUUCUGAUGGAGCCUCUGUUAUUGAAAACUCUGCGCGAAUUAGCUCGGAUUCAUCACAGUGUCAUUCGAUAACUCGCAGUCUUACCGCAACCACCAACACUACCGCGGUUGAUGGAACGGACGUCAAUGGAAUCGGAAAAGUCAGUCCAUUACGUCUGUCGCGGGUGGCGAAAACUGAUGUGACGCGAUCGGCGAGUAACACGCGUCAUUCAUCCGUGACACCUGUCUCCGAUCCUGAUCAUGGUAGUGCGCAUUCCAGUGUGGCAGAUUCUGGUCCGUCUGGGAAACACAGCCCAUCCUCAGUUACUUCAACUUACCCCUCCCCCCCUGGAUCGGUUUUGAGCACUGCCCGCAAUUGUCAUCUUACACCGCUCUCGGUCACUUGGAAUCCGCCAGUUCUGCAUUCUUCUCCUAAGAGUUUCGGAGAACACUGGACCUCUGGUUCUCGUCCAAACGGGGAAUCCUCGGUAUUGGAUUCUGGCGCCAACUCACAUCGUCGACCUCCCGAUGAUCGUUCACAGUCCGCUAUUGGAUCGCAGAACUCAAAAACGGCACCUUGUUAUCAGUUUAGCGUAGCUGCUUUGACGGACGAACCGGUCCGUUCUUCGCCAAACCAAACAAACCCGAUGGAAACGACUCCCAGUCCAACUAAGCCUCUGGGAAAGUCUAGCAGUCGGCGUUCUGGUCAACCCCGUGCUCGACCUUCCGCUCGCUUGUCUGUGCUUCACAGUCCUGUGCCGGCAAAUGACGAAAACUCCCAUGUACAUUCCUUCCCUUCAGGGUUUCUACCGACCGCACCACGGAGCGGUUCCACUUCUCCGUUUUCUCAUGGACAACCACACGGGUAUCACAGACAGAACAUACAGGACAAAACUCCAGGCUCUCUUUCAUAUACUAACAACCAAACCCCUUCAGAAUCCAACCGAUUGUCAGGUGAACAUUCAGGAAUGUCGCGGUCAAUGACACAUCAUCGUGCAGACAGAUCGCAUUCAUUCAAUUCGGAAACUCCUAAAUUUUCUUCUCCUCCUUCAUUGUCCACCUUUCCGAUGGAUCGGCCUUCACCCGUUGCAGGUCUUAAUUCUGAUCUACCCACGGUGCAGGGGCCGUUUCCGCCACCACAUACAUUGCCUCCGCCGCGGCCCAUGCUUCAAAACAACUCCAGUAUCGGAGGUACCAGUAGUGGGACCCUAAUUGAUCCUCACCUCACCGUUCCGGACCCGCGAUUAUUGCAGCAAAUGCUCGGGGUUGAUUUGAAUGUGGCUACACAACUUCUUAAAGAUCCACGGUUCAAAGAACUGUAUUCGUUGACCAUGGCCAAUUUAACCUCGACUGAAAGAAAGUCCAGUCCGGUUGUUCCGCCAGUUACUAGCCCUCCAUGUGCUCGACAGAUCGGUCCAUCUGGGAGUCGUGCAGUCGAAAACGAAUUGCCCACCAGCGUAUCUUCAUCUUUAAAUGCCUUGGUCAAAUUAGCCUCCACGGACCUUGUGUCUCCAGCGUCCCUCGAUAUGCUACUGCGCCUUCGUUCCACUCCGGAUUCACAUCAAGUUUGUCUUGGUAGUUCUCGAUCCGGUCCAACGAGUGAGUAUGCCGAAAAAUGUAGUUCAUCAUGCAUCAUUUCACCGCACUUCCCGACAAUUUCUUUCCAUGACAAACAAAUACAAGUUUUUUUAUCAUACACCACUGCAUGA